GGCUGUAUAUUCCCCACAAUCCUUUGCGCUCCGUAGAACAACAGUUUCUUCAGUUUUGUCUUCAGCUGAAAACAUAAACGACGGAGUCAUUUUGGGAAUUUACUCACAGAGACUGUGCUGUGCAGCGAUGGACCAGGACUACGAGCGGCGGCUGCUGCGACAAAUCAAUAUCCAGAAUGCCAACGCCAGACCCAUCAAAGCCACAGAGGUGAUGUGUGCACUGACCCCCGCUAAUUCUCCUCUAUCUUCACCGAGUAAACACGGAGAUCGCUUCAUCCCGUCCCGCGCUGGCGCCAACUGGAGCGUCAACUUCCACCGCAUAAACGAGAACGAGAAGUCUCACAAUCAAAACCGUAAGACAAAAGACGGCACGUCAGACAGCAGUAAAGCAGAUGGCCUGGCGUACUGUGCGCUGCUGAAGAAUGAACUGCUGGGAGCGGGCAUCGAGAAGGUGCAGGACCCUCAGACGGAGGACAGGCGACUGCAGCCCUCGACACCUGAGAAGACAAGUCUGUUUAGUUAUUCUCUAAGUGCCAAGCGCUUGCUCCCUGACGACGGCAACAGCGUCUCUCCUUACUCACUAUCGCCUGUCAGCAGUAACAGUCAGAAGCUGUUACGGUCACCACGAAAACCCAUGCGCAAGAUUUCCAAAAUUCCCUUUAAGGUGUUGGACGCUCCUGAGCUGCAGGACGAUUUUUAUCUCAACCUGGUGGACUGGUCUUCUUUAAACGUGCUCAGCGUCGGUCUCGGCACCUGCGUGUACCUGUGGAGUGCCUGCACCAGCCAGGUGACGCGUCUGUGCGAUCUGUCAGUAGAAGGCGACUCUGUCACGUCAGUGGGUUGGUCAGAGAGAGGAAACUUGGUGGCAGUGGGCACUCAUAAAGGCUUCGUACAGAUUUGGGAUGCAGCCGCAGGGAAGAAGCUGUCUGUAUUAGAGGGCCACACAGCCAGAGUUGGUGCAUUAACAUGGAAUGUAGACCAGCUGUCGUCAGGCAGUAGGGACCGCCUGAUCCUGCAACGUGAUAUUCGAGCUCCUCCGCUGCAGUCCGAGCGCAGAUUACAGGGCCACCGACAGGAAGUGUGUGGCCUUAAGUGGAGCACUGAUCACCAGCUCCUUGCCUCUGGUGGCAAUGACAAUAAGCUGCUGGUUUGGAAUCACUCGAGUGUCUUACCCAUGCAGCAGUACACAGAGCAUUCAGCAGCAGUGAAAGCCAUUUCCUGGUCUCCUCAUCAGCAUGGGCUGCUGGCAUCAGGGGGCGGCACUGCUGACCGUUGCAUUCGCUUCUGGAACACGUUGACCGGGCAGCCACUGCAGUGCACUGACACAGGCUCACAGGUCUGCAACCUGGCCUGGUCUAAACACACCAAUGAACUGGUCAGCACACACGGCUACUCUCAGAAUCAGAUCCUGGUGUGGAAGUACCCUUCUCUGACACAAGUAGCCAAACUCACUGGCCACUCUUACAGAGUACUCUACCUGGCCAUGUCUCCAGAUGGAGAGGCCAUAGUCACAGGAGCAGGAGACGAGACUCUGCGCUUCUGGAACGUCUUCAGCAAAACCAGAUCUACCAAGGAAUCAAUAUCAGUGUUGAACUUGUUUACAAGGAUCCGAUAAUUCCUGUGCACGUUUGAAGGUUCUUACAUUUAGGACUACUGUAGACUGAUCAUUAACAGGACAGUCUGUGUGAAUGAUGGACACUUUAAGGCCCAGUCUCUUUCCUGUGGGUUUGUGAAGAAGAGAAAUAUGGGAACUGCAUUCUCUUACAUUACACUUAAGUGACAAAAGGAUGUAUUACUGCCAAAUGUCAGUGUGAAUGUUUAGCCGCUGGUUUGUCUAAAAUUAUUUUUUUUAUUUUUUUUUUUUUUAUCUGUAUGGGUUUUUUUUUUUUUUUCUGACUGGAUGCAGAAUAUGUUGACUUUUUUUGUUGUUGUUGUUUUUUUUCACAAUGUGCCAUUUGAGUUGCAAAAUUUGUGGCCAUCAGCCUUAAAAUGCAGUGUUGAAAUAACUACAGUAGGAUGUUAGUAGGCCUUGGAACAGUGCAGCAUUUGUUGCUAAUAUAUUUGUCUUUGGCCAGGGAUUAAUUUAAACACAUCACAGAAACCACAUUUUUUUUCUAGGUGUAUAAUCAAUGUUACGUACUAAUUCUACAAAAAAUAACAUUAAUCAGUGUAUGCAGUAGCAGAUAUUCUGUUUAAACUACUUUUUAAGCAUUACCUAAAGCAGAGUCACUUUUCUAUGCUUACAUUUUAACCAAGAACACAGUGUUAAGUAUCUUAGACCACAUGCAUAUGAAACCACUAUUUUAAUUCAGAAAUCUAUAAAAUGUCCAUUGUUUUAUUUCAAGAUUUGAUUUGUUAUCCCAACCCUCCCCUGGUUUUUGUAUAUCAGGUUUUUUUCCUUCACUCACCUCAUGGUGUAAAUGAUGUGUUGUAUCAGUGAGAAUGAAUGCUAUUUAUUUCAUUUGUGUGACUGCAGUGACUUGUUGAAUUGCUGAUACUUUGUGUAUAUGUUCAAAAAUUGGUGCUUGUUUUUAUUUGCCAUUUAUUAUAUCAUUUUGUAACAGCUUACAGAAUGUUUUAAAAUAUACAUUAAGUAAAAAAUGUACAUUUUCUCAUCAAAGAAUAUGAAUAAACCUAAUUGUUCUAUG